AUGUCGAUAACAAAUUUCACAAGAGGUGGAACACAAACGAAAACACUUGAUGAACUGCUAUGUUCUUCCUCUUCGAUGAGUAGACUUCAACAAGAAUCACUUUCUUUCGCAGCAGUCAACAUUCUCCUCUCCAUCACAGCAUUUGUUGGCAAUUCUCUCAUCCUUGUUGCCCUUCACAGGGAAUCUUCCCUUCAUCCGCCGUCCAAACUCUUGUAUCGUUGUCUGGCAACUACUGAUCUGUUGGUUGGUCUCGUUAGCCAGCCUCUCGCUGCUUCAGGCUGGAUGUUUGCUGCUCACGAACACUGGAUUCCUUGUCGAUACGCAAGUACCGCGACUUUUAUCACAAGCUACGUAUCAUGUGGAGUGUCUUUGUUGACAAUACCGGCCAUAAGCGUGGAUAGACUUCUCGCCCUGUUGUUGCGGCUGAGAUACAGACAAAUUGUAACUUUGAAGCGCACAUAUAUCAUCGUAGUUACCUUUUGGGUUCUAUCCAGUGUCGCUGCUUUAUGUUACGCGUUUGAUUACCGCAUAUCCAUUUGGUAUGGUACUAUAGUUAUACUAUUAUGUCACGUUAUCUCAAUUGUGUCGUACACAAAAAUAUUUUGUGCUCUAAGUCAUCAUCAUACACGAAUACAAGAUCAUGUCCAACAGCAGCCGAGCCAACCAAAUGCAGUGAAUACCACGCAAUACAAAAAAGCAGUGUACAGUGCACUGUGGGUUCAGUUGGCAUUAGUUGUUUGUUAUUUGCCGUAUGGUUUACUGGAAAUUCUGAUCAGACAAAGAAAAACUUUUCCAUUGCACCUAGUCAUCAUGAGGGGUGUAGCAUCUACAGUAGUUUACUUUAACUCAACGUUAAAUCCGUUUCUGUACUGUUGGAAAAUAAGUGAAGUGAGACAAGCAGUAAAGCAAACGAUCAGACAAGGAUUUGGCUGUCCAUAAAGUGAGAUCCUCCUCGAAUUAUG